CAUGAAUUCAUUUGACUUCGACUCUUCUUAUCUUCACAUGACCACAUUACCACCGAGAUAAAUACUCCACCACCAUGCCACCCUAUCCCCACCACCUAGCCACCACCAUCACCACCCUCCUCCUCCUCAUAGUCCUUACCCAACAUUCCCAAGUUGCUUCAACCACCACUGGAGACCUCCCAAAAUUCAGAGAAGCUCCGGCAUUCCGAAACGGCAAGGAAUGUCUCAAACCCACAUGGCCAACCCAACCAAACGACCCAUCUACAAUACACAUAGCUAUGACCCUCGACACCACCUACCUCCGCGGCUCCGUCGCCGGCGUAUUCUCCGUCCUUCAACACGCCACCUGCCCUGAAAACACCGUCUUCCACUUCCUCGCCGCCCAUCGCCGCCGUGACCUCCACCACACCAUCCUCACCACCUUUCCUUACCUCAAUUUCCACCUCUACCACUUCGAUACCAACCUCGUCAAAGGCAAGAUCUCCUCAUCCAUCCGCCGAGCCCUUGACCAACCCCUCAACUACGCUCGCAUCUACCUCGCCGACCUCUUACCCUCCACCGUCAAUCGAAUCAUCUACUUCGACUCCGACCUCAUCGUCGUCGACGACAUUGCCAAACUCUGGACCAUCAACCUCAACAACCACGUCCUCGGAGCUCCAGAGUACUGUCACGCAAAUUUCACCCACUAUUUCACUUCAAAAUUCUGGUCAAUCCCUCAAUUUUCCCGAACCUUUAAAGGUCGAAAGCCAUGUUAUUUCAACACGGGUGUGAUGGUAAUAGAUUUGCUAAAAUGGAGAAGCCAUGGAUACACACAGAAGCUCGAACAAUGGAUGAGGAUUCAGAAGAGUAAUAGAAUAUAUGAACUGGGUUCUUUGCCACCAUUCUUGCUAGUUUUUGCUGGGAAUGUUGAAGGGGUUGAGCAUAGGUGGAACCAACAUGGGCUUGGUGGUGAUAAUCUUGAAGGUUUGUGUAGAGAUCUACACCCUGGUCCGGUAAGCUUGUUGCAUUGGAGUGGGAAGGGCAAGCCAUGGCUGAGACUUGACUCCAAGAGACCGUGUCCGUUGGAUAGUCUUUGGACACCGUACGAUCUAUUCCGGCAUGCACCGUUGUUCUCCGACGAUUGAUGAUGCGUAGGAUCACAACAAACUCAUGACACGGGGAUCCAGUUGUUCAGAAUAAUUGAGGAGACAAAAAAAAUGAUGAGGUGAAAAGACGCUAAAGGACAACAUAACGCGGAAUGGUGAUGUGGGUAAAGGGUAGAAUGUGGUACAUAUUUGGAAUUUUCAGUCCGGUUUGUUAUUCACAAAAUUUGUGGGAAUGUUACUGUCCAUUAAAGUGGAUUUUCGGUGGCGGUGCAUUGUUUGUGGUGGUUGGGUUUGUUAAGAUUCGAUGCCAAUCUUUGUCAUGGUGUCGCUACUUUUUUUGUUAUUUGUUGGUGAAAGCUGUCCAAGGUGUAGGCUACCCUUUCAUUUACUUUUUCAACUACUUUUGUUGUUGUUGAUAUUGUUUAUUAUUAAUUCAAUAUAUUCAUGUUGUUUGAUU